UAGCAUACAAGGGACCAGGAGGCCAAGGCUUGAACGGAGGGAGAGGCGAAGUGUGUCUAGAGCCAUGGACUACCAACAGAAACUGGCCGAGAAACUCACCAUCCUCAAUGAGAGAGGGAAUGGGGUGCUGAUACGCAUGAACCACAUUAAGAAGACCUGUGGAGACACCAAGCAGCGGCCAUCCAUCCUGACAGAAAAAGCAAUGGAGUCUGCCAUCAAGUACAUCAACAAGAAAUUCCCAAACAUUGACUUCAGAGGAAACAUUCAAAACCUGAACAGCAUCCAGCGACAAAAAUCAGAAGUGUUGGCAGCCACAACAAGCUACUACGAAUCUUUCCUGGAUGUCAUUGAGUUCAGGGACCACGUCUAUGAGUUGCUAAACACCAUUGAUGCCUGCCAGUGCCUCUUUGAUAUUUCCGUCAACUUUGACUUCACCAAAAGCUACUUGGAUCUGAUCGUCACCUACACCUCUGUCUUCAUAACGCUCUCUCGCAUUGAUGACAAGAAGGCUCUGGUGGGCAUGUUCAACUGUGCUCAUGAGAUGACCAAUGGGAGCAGUGACCCUUCCUACCCACGACUUGGCCAAAUGCUUGUGGAGUAUGAUCAUCCUUGGAAGAAGCUCACUGAGGAAUUUGGCCCUCACACAAAGUCAGUGACGUCAGCGUUAAUGUCUCUGAGGAUUCUCUACCCACGCAGGAACCUGCCGGCAGAGCAGUGGCGGAGCGCCCAGCUUCUCAGCCUCCUCAGUGUUCCAGCUACCAUGCUAGACCCGGCCUGCUGUGACACUAUAGCAUGCGAAUACCUGUCUAUGGAGGUGAUGGAGCGGUGGAUCAUUAUCGGCUUCAUGUUGUGCCACCACAGCCUGAAUACCCACCAGCCUUCCCUGGAUCUGUGGAAGAUGGCUCUGCGGGGUGGCCUCUACCUCAACCUCGUCAGAGAUGAAGUACUCAACAUACACAAGGUCACAGAGGACCUCUUUGAUGGCUUCAAAGGAUACAGCAAGCGAAUUGCAGACAUCAAAGAGUGUCGUGAGUAUGUUAUAUUGAACAGCGGGGCUAUGCACAGAGAGAGGAGGCAUUUUCUGAGAGGAGCACUGAAGGAAUUAUUCAAAGUUCUGGAGGAUGAACCUGGACUACUGGGACCAAAGGCCCUGUUUGUUUUCAUGGCUCUGUCGUUUUCCCGUGACGAGGUCCUGUGGCUCGUCAGGCACUCUGAGAAUAUGCCAAAGUUAAAGACGCCUGAGGACUACAUGGACAAUCAGAUGGCUGAGUUGCUGUUCUACAUGGAGAAACUAAGAGGUCUGCUGAAAAAAUACAAACACGUCGUACAGCGCUACCAUGUUCAGUACUUGGCACAGUUUGAUGCCUUGGUUCUCAAUGACACCAUACAGAACAUGUAUGUGUGUCCAGAAGAGGAGUCAGUCCUGAUGAGUUCCUUUGUUUCAACCUUGUCUGCCCUCUCAAUCAAACAAGUGGAAAACAAAGAAGAAUUUGAUUUCAGCGCCCUGCGACUGGACUGGCUGAGAUUACAGGCCUACACAAGUGUGAACAAGGCCGCUCUUCCAAUAAAGGACUACCCUGACCUAGCAAAGGUGAUGAAUGUGAUCCAGUUUCACACCAAGAUGGUGGACAGUUUGGAUGAGAUGCUGCAGGAGACAUCUGAUCUGUCCAUAUUCUGUUUCUUUCCACGAGUGUUUGAGAAGAUGUUUUCCCAGAGCAAUGAUGAGAUGAAGCGCUACCUCAUGGCCUUCCCUUGUGUCUUCUCUCACUUCAGUCAGUGUGGGAACGCUCUCUGUCCAGAAGAGACAGAGGCAAUGGAGAAGAAGAGUCUGCGUCUGUGUGUGACCUUCCUGGAGCAGAUAGCCAAGCAGACCAGCAACGUUGUGUUAGAAAUAUGUGCUGAGCAGUGCAACCUCAAUGACCAGUUGCUGGCCAAGCACUGUGCUGAGACUAUCAGUGCAGCUCGCUAUAGAAAGCAAAAGAAGCCGAUGCCAAAGAAAGGAGAGGUCCAGAAAGAGAAACCAGGGGCUGAAAGCUUGAGGAAAGACCGGACCAUCCUUACCAAUAUGGACAAGAUGCAUCUGAACCUGACAGAGCUCUGCUCCUCCUACAGUCUCUGCAGUGACUUUAUUGUCUUUGACCACAUCGUUGUUCCCACUGAGUUUCUUAUUUCUCAUCUGGAGACACGCCUCUCUGAGAUCAUCGUGAGAAUGGCCAAUUACAACCAGACCACCCAGGAGAUAGCCCGUCCCUUGGACCUCCUGGCAGCGGUAAGAGCCUACACAGCCAGCUUGCACUGCCUCUCCAGCUACAUCAGUGUGGACGUCACCCGACUGGUGAAGAGCGUCCUACUGCAGCAAACCCAGCCACUGGACUCCCGUGGAACACAGACCAUCACAACCCUUUACACAAACUGGUAUCUGGAGAGUCUCUUGCGUCAGGCCAGCAACUCCCUCAUCGUCCACUGCCCUACGAUGCACUGCUUUGUCAACCAAGUUAUUGACAAUGAACCAAGUUUCAGAGCAGAGGAGUACUCAGAUAUAUCAGAGCUACAGGCCCUGGCGGAGCUAAUUGGUCCAUAUGGCCUGAAGUUCUUGAGUGAGAACCUGAUGUGGCACAUCACCUCGCAAGUCAGUGAGCUGAAGAAACUGGUAAACGAGAAUAUGGACAUCCUGGUACAGAUGAGACACAACUUUGAUAAGCCAGAGGAAAUGGUCGACCUUAAAAAGAGGCUGACAGGUGGAGAGAACGUGCUGAAGAGGAUGACCAUCAUCGGGGUGAUCCUGUCCUUCAGAUCAAUGGCACAGAGCUGUCUGAAAGAUAUCCUGCAUAAGCAUUGCCCGUACCUGAUGGGGCCCAUUGAGGGCCUGCGGGAUAUCAUCACCCCUGAAUCCGAGAUGAAGGUGACUCUAGGCGUUUUUGAGUUGGCCUCUGCUGCAGGGAUUUCGUGUGACAUCGAUCCUGCCCUUGUCACAGCUAUUAGAAAUAUGCAGACAGAUAACACAUCCAUUGAUGAGGAGUACAAGCUGUCCUGCUUGCUGCUUGUCUACAUCGCAGUGUCCCUGCCCACUCUGGCCCUGGACCCCAACUCUUUCUACAGCCGAGAGCAUGGAGGCCACAACAACAACAUCCACUGUCUAGCCAAAUCUAUCAACCAGGUGGCUGCUGCCAUGUUCACCGUUCAGAACAAGAACAUCGAGCAGCAUCUCAAAGAGUUUCUCCUGAUGGCGUCCUCCACUCUUCUUCAGCUGGGACAAAAUGUGGAGAGAGUGGAGAGUAAAAACCGAGAGUCUGUCUACUUGCUCCUGCACAUGAUUGUGGAGGAGUCUGCAUUCUUGAGCCAAGACAUGCUGGAAAGCUGCUUCCCAUAUGUUCUGCUCCGAAACGCCUACAGAGAGGUGUUCAGGUCUUUCGUCAUCACUCUCGGGUGAAGACUUUAUUGAAUACUUUGGAUUUAACCUGUAUUUAUCCUACAUAGUGUUUUAAUGUGCAUGCAGUUCAUUCUAUGUUUUCACACACUGAAGCUCUGUCCCUUCAGACCAACCUACCAAACUAGCUUGAUCACAGUUAGUGCUGACAGUGCUUCCUCAGUCAGUGCUCUUUGUAUAUGUGGAUUUAAAAAGAUCCUCUUCAUUUGCAAACUUGUCUAUCAACCAGUAUUAUGGAGUAGAUUUAUGACUGCUGUAAAACUUGAUAUCAGCUUGAAAAUGUUUCUAAUGCAAAUCAGGUAUAUUCUGGAACAACCCCUCUAUAUCAAUGCCGAACUCCAAAACAAAAAUAAUGCAUGUUUUCUAAAUAUUU